GGAAAAUGCCCAAGCCACAGUAGGCACCACUUAGGCAUCCUGCAGCCCCCGUGCUGCUGUCUCCACGGCAGGGCAGGACAGUGUCAGCUUCCUCCCAGGAAGGCAGGGAUCUAGAACAAGCCCUGGGAUGGGGCGGGGGAAAUCUGUACACAAAGAUGCCAAAGCCAUUGGCAGGGGCCUGAGUAAGAUGCUAAGAGAGCGUAGAAGAAGAGCAAGCCCAGGGGUCUGAGCAAGCUGGAGAACUGAGAGAAGGCAGUGGUCCCAAGAGGCCCAGGGACAGGCGGCCAAGUGGAGCUCAGGCCUUGGCUGGCACUGAACACUGGCCGUAGGCACCCCUGGGAGCUGGCCCACAGGAGAAGGGGCAGGGCUGGUGAGAGGGAGCCCCCAGAUACCCCUCCAGGUCCCAGGGACAAGCAAAUCCAGGCUCUCUGAGAAGUGUCCCCAAGAGGUUCCUGGCUGGGAAGAAUUGGGGCCCUGUAACAUCCUUCAGAAGUCUGUCUGAGAGGCAAACACCUGUGCACCGGCAGUUGUACGGGUGCCCAAGAGGGUCCUGUCAAGGCAGCUUUUUCCUCAGCCAGGAAGGCCUACAGAAGCUGGAGGGCCCUAUCUGUCCCUCCCCUGCACCCAUUGGUCCCUAAGUUAGGUUUCUCUUCCUGCCACCACCCCCCAAACUCCCUGCCUCCCCCUUAUAGAUAGGGCAUUGGGGAUGGGUAACCAAGCUGGUACAGCAGGUCUCAUGAGCCUUCCCAGCCACCGUAGUCUUGGUGCCCUGAGAGGAAGACUGAAUGAUGGCUUCCAACCCCAGCGAUGUGAAAGAGUUCUUAGCCAAAGCCAAAGAAGAUUUUCUUAAAAAAUGGGAAAAUCCUGCUCAGAAUACAGCCCAUUUGGAUCAGUUUGAACGAAUCAAGACCCUCGGCACGGGCUCCUUUGGGCGGGUGAUGCUGGUAAAGCACAAGGAGACCGGGAACCACUUUGCCAUGAAGAUCCUCGACAAACAGAAGGUGGUGAAGCUGAAACAGAUUGAGCACACCCUGAACGAAAAGCGCAUCCUGCAAGCGGUCAACUUUCCGUUCCUCGUCAAACUCGAGUUCUCCUUCAAGGACAACUCGAACUUAUACAUGGUCAUGGAGUACGUGCCUGGCGGGGAGAUGUUCUCACACCUGCGGCGGAUUGGAAGGUUCAGUGAACCUCACGCGCGCUUUUAUGCGGCCCAGAUCGUCCUGACCUUCGAGUACCUGCACUCACUUGACCUCAUCUACCGGGACCUGAAGCCGGAGAACCUCCUCAUUGACCAGCAGGGCUACAUUCAGGUGACAGACUUCGGUUUUGCCAAGCGUGUAAAAGGCCGCACCUGGACCUUAUGCGGGACCCCUGAGUACCUGGCCCCGGAGAUCAUCCUGAGCAAAGGCUACAACAAGGCUGUGGACUGGUGGGCCCUAGGGGUUCUCAUCUACGAGAUGGCCGCUGGCUACCCGCCUUUCUUCGCUGACCAGCCGAUCCAGAUCUAUGAGAAGAUUGUCUCUGGGAAGGUGCGGUUCCCAUCCCACUUCAGCUCCGACCUGAAGGAUCUGCUGCGGAACCUACUGCAGGUGGACCUCACCAAACGCUUUGGGAACCUCAAGAACGGAGUCAACGAUAUCAAGAACCACAAAUGGUUUGCCACAACUGACUGGAUCGCCAUCUACCAGAGGAAGGUGGAAGCUCCCUUCAUACCAAAGUUUAAAGGCCCUGGGGACACGAGUAAUUUCGACGACUAUGAGGAGGAAGAGAUCCGAGUCUCCAUCAAUGAGAAGUGUGGCAAGGAGUUUACUGAGUUUUAGGGGUGUGCCUAUGCCCCCAUGGGUUUUCUUUCUUUCUUUCUUCUUUCUUUUUUUUUUUUUUUUUUUUUUUUUGGUGGGGGGUGGGUGGGAGGGUUGGAUUGAACAGCCAGAGGGCCCCAGAGUUCCUUGCAUCUAAUUUCACCCCCACCCCACCCUCCAGGGUAGGGGGGAGCAGGAAGCCCAGAUACAUGGAGGGAUGGAAACACCAGCUGCUCCCCCUCAUUCCCUCACCCUCCUGCUCCCACCCCCAGACCCAACUGCUUUUGCCUUCCUCCUCCCCUAAAGCCCCCCCCCCCCGGCCACCCCCAACCAGCCUACUUCUGCCUGUUUUAAAUGAGUUUCUGAGUUCCAGUCAGACCACGUCUUGCUGGUGUAUUCAGGGACAGGGUGUGCAAAGAGAGGCCCAAACUUAACUCCAUCCCCAUUCCCCCAAACCACAGGCAUCACUAACUAAUGAAGGAAAGGCCAGCCUUCUCUUCAGAGCAAUGGUGACUGGAGAGGAGAGAUUUUAGUGACCUGUUCAGUGGGCUGCUUGCUAGAAUUUAAAAAAAAAAAAAUUUUUGUAUACUCUUAUUUAAGUUCCACCAGUGCCUCCCUCCCUCCUUCCUCUACCCUUACCCCUUCCAUGCCCCCCACUUCCCAAAUCCAUUUUAACUAGGCUGAGAAGCAGACUGAAUUUGUAAAGGAAGGAGCUGGGGUUCAAACCUCCGCCCCAAGCUGCUAAUCUCCUCUGCUCCUCUGCCCACUCCCCCCACCUUGAGGUGGGGGGGUGUCCCCUGCCAAGCCUGGAAGGGUCUCAGCCCCUUUAGGAAGCCCCUAUCCCCUUCUGCCCCAACAGACCUUUCUUCACCCUUGGGCUUCGGGACCGAGACAAAGCAGCUGCCCCUCUCCCUGCCAAAGAGGAGUUGCCCCCCAAAAAGAUAGAAGGGGAGCCCCAACCCCAGGGUCUUUCCUCCCACCAGCACUCGCCCCAAACUCCUGAAUUUUAUUCUCAGCUAGAUUUUAAUGCCCAGCCUCCUCUCGGCUCAGUUGGGAAGGCAACCCCAGCAAAAGAAGGCAAAGCCCUCCUCCCUCUUGUGGCCCCGGGUUCAAGGCCAGGGUUGCUGGGGAGGGGCUGCCGGUUUUAUUCACCUAGCAGCCUCCGCCCCCCCUCCCCCCAACCUGGGCGCUCCUCCUCUGCUUAGCUGUCAGGUGUCCAUCACUCCUCCCCCCCCCCCCAUUUGUGCUUUUUUCUCUCAACAGAAAAGUGGGGAGCCCCUGGGGAACCACCCCAUUCAUCCCCAUAUCUGUCUCUCAUAACUUCUCCCCAACCAGGAGGAGCUCUCAGGCCUAGGAUGGGGCCCCGGGUGGGCGCGGGGGCGAUUCAACCUGUGUGCUGCGAAGGACGCGACUUCCUCUUGAACAGUGUGCUGUUGUAAACAUAUUUGAAAACUAUUACCAAUAAAGUUUUGUUUAAAAAAAAA